GCAGGAAAUGGAGAAUCCUUACUUGUUCAAUCAGUGGCAUGUGAACGAGCUCAGCUUCCUACCAGGAGCGGUUGCUUUUGGAGACGAAGCUUUCUCUAAUAAUUAUCCGGCUGUCGCCAUUGAUAGACCUCAAAAAAUGCUUAAAACCAACUGCUCGAAUUCAUGCAAAGAUGCUGCUGCUGAUAUACCAAACCUCGAAGCUGUUUUUUCACCAAACGCUCUCUCUUUUUCCGGUUCCAACCACAUAGAUCCAAUGGGGAUUUUGAAGCCUAAAAAUGAGGCUGAUUAUUCUAUGAACAUGGAGCCCUUAUUUCAUCAAAACCAGAAUUAUUUGCUUAAGGGUUGCCAUGGAUCUAAGAGAAUUUCCCAGACACAUGGUCAUAUCAUGGCUGAAAGGAAACGCCGAGAAAAGCUCAGCCAAAGGUUCAUAGCUUUGUCUUCCAUAGUGCCUGGCUUAAAAAAGAUGGACAAAGCUUCGGUGCUUGGAGAUGCUAUAAAGUACCUGAAACAACUGCAGGAGAAAGUGAAGACGCUGGAGGAGCAGACUAGAAAGAAAUCAAUGGAGUCGGUAGUUUUCGUGAAGAAAUCCCAACUCGCCGCCGAUAUUGAUGACUUUAGCUCGGAUCAAAACUCUAGUGGUCCCUUUGAUGAGCCAUUGCCGGAGAUCGAAGCAAGGUUUUGCGACAAAAGUGUUCUCAUAAGAAUCCACUGUGAGAAAAGAAAAGGACUUUCCGAGAAAAUCAUGUCUGAAAUCGAGAAAUGCCACCUAACAGUCAUUAACAGCAAUGCCAUGACAUUUGGGAGUUGUGCUCUCGACAUAACCAUUGUCGCUCAGAUGGAUAAAGAAUUCUGUAUGACAGGAAAGGAUAUCGUGAAUAAGCUUCGUGCAGCUUUUGAAUGGCUCAUGUGAAAAACUAAAGAAUAAUAUCU